UAUUAGAUCAAUUAACUUUUUAUGUAUUAUUUGAAGCAUCACUUAUGCCUUUAUUUUUAUUAUGCUUUAAAUCUCCAUUAAGUGGAUCUAUUUUAUUAGCUGGUGUUGUACUUAAAUUAGCUAUUUUUGCUAUUUUACGUAUAGUAGGUGGUAUCAUGUUAGCAAUUGCUCAUGGAUUAGUAUCACCUGCUUUAUUUAUUUGUGUUGGAGGUACACCAUUAAGUGCUAACUUUAUUGGUGAAUUAUUAUCAUUUAUAGGAGCUUUAAAUAAAAAUGUAUUAGUUGGUGCAUUAGCUGUAUCAUCAGUAUUAUUAAGUGCUUGUUAUCAAAUGCGUUUAACUAAUCGUUUAACUGGUGGUUCAAAAUCACCUUAUUUACAUGUUACAUCUGAUUUAACUAAACGUGAAUCAUUAUUAUUAUGUUCAUUAUUAUUACCUACAUUAUAUAUGGGUGUUAGACCUGACUUUGUUAUUGAAUUAUUAGAUACAUCAGUAUCAUCAUUAUUAUUGCACUUAUAA